GCGGAAACAACAACACUAGCUUCUGUCCUGCGGUUUGUUUACUGUCUGUUUUCAAAGUGUAGAAACUAAACCAGAGAAAACAGGAACUACCAAAGUAUAUCGAGGAGUACACGAAACGCUUCCUCACGUUUACAGGUGUGGAGAUCAUGGAGGAGAAUGAGGAUCAGACAGACCUCACUUUGAGGAGAGGAAACUUCCAUGGAGACAGCUUCAGGCUCCACAUGGUGACGUGGAACGUGGCCACAGUGGAUCCCCCGGAUGAUUUAACCUCUCUCCUCCAUCUGAACGACCCAGAAGGCCCGGAUCUCUACGUUAUUGGUCUGCAGGAGGUGUUCUCAGGGCCGUGGAGGUUCGUGUCGGACACGAUAUUCGACGACCCCUGGAGUCAAGUGUUCAUGUCCACUUUGGCUCCACUAAAUUACGUUAAGGUUUCCUCUGUCAGGUUGCAGGGUCUUCUUCUGCUUUUCUUCUGCAAACUGGAGCAUCUUCCCUUCAUCAGAGACAUCCAGGCCACUUACACCCGCACAGGCAUCUAUGGCUACUGGGGUAAUAAAGGUGGAGUUUCUGUCCGUUUUUCUUUCUACGGUCACAUGCUCUGCUUCCUAAACUGCCACCUGGCCGCUCACAUGAACUACGCCUCAGAGAGGGUGGAUGAGUUCGAGUACAUCAUGGACAAACUGGCUUUCGACUGUGAAAAAGCUCCAAAAAUAGCGGACCACAAGCUGGUGUUCUGGUUUGGAGAUCUGAACUUCAGGAUUCAGGAUCACGGCAUGCACUUUGUCCGCUCCUGCAUCGAACAGCAGAACUACAGCCUGCUGUGGAGCAAAGACCAGCUGACGAUGAUGAAGAAGAAGGAGCAGCUGCUGCAGGAGUUUGAUGAAGGGCCUCUGGACUUUCAACCCACCUACAAGUUUGACCUAAACUCAGACAAUUAUGACAGCAGGCUCUACAGGAACUGGUUUGGCUUUAACGGUAAGAAGCGUAAACCGGCCUGGACCGACAGGAUUCUGUGGAGGCUGCGACCCGCUGAGGAGGAAGAGGGAAACUCUGCUCUGGAGGUGGAAGAGGAAGAGGAGGAAGAGGAGGAGGAGAAGGAGGAAGAGGAGGAGUUCCCGCUGAAGAUCAGGCAGGAUCUGUACACCUGCAACAUGGAGUUCAGCAUCAGCGACCACAAACCAGUCACCGGGGUCUUCACUCUGGAGCUGAAGAAGAGGUUCACUGCUCCUCUGGUGCGUGUGAAGGCAGAAGGAGAGUGGAGUUCAGAGCUCGACGCGGUGGUUCUGUACCGAGCGAUGCAGCCGUUCCCCUCCAGCUCCUGGGACUGGAUCGGACUCUUUAAGGUGGGGUUCAGCAGCGUGACGGACUACAUCACCUACACCUGGGUCAAAGACGACGAGAUGAACUCCAGUGAGGAAGCCACUCAGGUGUAUGUGAGUAAAGAGGAGAUCCCUGUGCGGGGGGGCGAUUGUGUGUUGUGUUACUACAGCGGUGCUCUGCAGUGCGUCAUCGGAGUCAGUGAACCAUUCAAGGUCCUUGCUUCGAAGGUAGCCAUCGAGGAAGGCUUUUCUCCGGAGAGGAUCAACGAUCUGGAUCAAAUCGUAGCGGGCGAAGAUUUCUAUCAGUGAUCGUCAGUGUGGUACGAUCCAGAUCCAGAUCCAGAGAAACACAGCAGGAUGUUUAACCUCACUGUGAUUCCCUUUAGGCAGAAUGAUUGCCUGUUUAUGCUGUUACAUUUCCUCUGACCUCUGACACUGUGACUCAGGGUCACUUCACUCCUUUGAAAAUGAGACUUUCUCUACAUGUUGAGAAGUCCUUCAACAAGUGGCUUAAUCCCUGAGGAGAGGUUUUCUAUGGAAACUUAGAUUUAAAUUGGUUAAACAGAAAGAGCUUUGAUUUUGAUUUAAUGUUUGAGGUAAUGAGGAAUGGGAGGAAACAGAAAGUGAGGUAUGUUGUCGGAUGUGUUUAGAUUAAGCAUGUUUCAACACAUGUAAAUGCUGUGUAAACUCUGUGUGUUUAUUAUGAAUAUGUAAUUAGAUUGGAAAGGUGAAAGCACUCGACUGCUGCUGUAAUGAGAGGAAAAAGGGAGC